CCCCAUCCGACCAUUUUUGCUUCGUUUAAAGACCUCAUGAUCCGAGACAAGGCAAACUUUUGCUGAUGGUCUUCCUUGCCCAGCCGGCCUUUUUGUUUCUCUUCUUCCCCCCUCUACUCCAUACAUACGAGAAAGUGUUAGUAAGUCUCAUCAAAGUGUUAUCCUCAUCGGGACUCGAUCGUUGCCCAAACGACCACAGCGUCAAGGCGUACGGACCCAGUCUUUCAAUGUCUCCUUCAGCCUCAAACCCCGAGCUGCAUGUUUUCGGUCAAGAAAGAAACCAAGGCCCUUCAAGGACCAGCAUCACACUCUUCAAAGGGCAUCAUGUGUCGCGACCCGGUAGGUGAGAAUACAAUGGGUCCAACAAUUGUCUUCAUGUGGGCGUCUCUGGACCUACUAACUACCUCUGGCAGAGAAAGGGCAACAACUUUUUCCCACCCCACGCGAGCCGCAAUUCGCAUGCAGACAUGUUACAUCACGUCCCUGGAGAACAACCUUACGUGAGUAUACUUCAAGACUCGGACUGAACACUAGAAAAAUUCACCGGUGAGCCAAUGCUCUUAAUUUUCGAGGCACCACUAGUUAGCCAUGUUGACUACGUGUGUGCCGGACAAAGUGCAGGUGCAGGUGCAUGUGCAGGUUGCAAAAAUGUGACACUUGUCAUGUGGUUGAGACAACAAACAUGUCGGUCCAAAUGUGUCGGGAGGGAACUCGUCACAUUCCAGCCCGGCCAAGCAGCCCCAGCCACCAGCCUUACCCGACCGUGUUUUGUGGCAGUUGAGAUUGGAUCGGAUUUUGAUUGCAAUGCAAUCCAGUGGGAAUAUCACAUCAUUGUCUGAACGAGUCAUGCUGAUUGUAUGACGACGUGGCUAACCUGUCAAUCAAUGCACGACACUAAAAGGGGGACAAGAAGGCAAACUUUUUCGGAAGAGGAGGAGGUGGAGGUAGAGGUCAGGCACUCACUUGUGUACGUGGUGAGAGGGCAUUGCUCGCGAACCGUGUCCCUGUAUGAUUGUGAGCGAGAUGGGUAAACAAUUGACCACAACAUUGACUGGGUUAGCAGGUAGGUUGAAAGAGAGAGAGGCAGAUGUGAGUGCUGGGAGAGGAGGAGGAGGAGGAGGAGGAAGGUCCCGUUCGAAGCCUGGUCCUGUUUCUGAAGAUUUUGGGCUUUUUUUACACACAGUAUUUCUUGGACGGUGUCACUCCUGUACGCGAGUCGCUGUCCAACCCUCUAUAAUUCUUCCCCUACCACAAGAGGCGUUUGUGGUACUGUAUAUUGGUGCCUGUCCCAAUCUACGUGGACCGAUGAUUCACGGUUUUGCUCCAAGAAAAACUUCUCUCGAGCCAAAGAAUGACAAAUCAGACUUUACCCUGGGUCUCUUACUCUGGUAGUAGUCAAGACGGGCACGAAGAGAUUGGGAGAACAGAGGCCUGGGGGGAAAACUCUACAAAGCUUCCAGUUUGAAGAAGAAGAAAAAUUCCUCUACGAAACUCACGAAUUCAAUAAGAUACACAAGUCGCAUCCGCAAAACUCCUUGGAAAAGGACUUGUCUCUGUUCAACGGGUCUCAAAAAAAAAGAACACUCAAGCAGACCGCAGUAAGUGUCCGAGGGCAUGGAGAUGGAAAGACAGGUUCCAGCCCAACAACGCCUCACGCAAUCGAUAAUGGGGCAUACUGCUGAUCAGCCAAGUCAGGUAGUUUGUACAUAGUCGACGGAUCAAAGGUCCAAGUUCAAGCGUCGGUUUCUCAUCUAGUGUUA